AUGGCAGUAAAAAAUUUGUUUAUUUAUGAAUCCCGGCAGCCUGGUUCUCGGAUUCCGCUAGAGGGCGCAUCAGAUGUAGAUAUCGGAGCUAAUUCUUUAUUAACUUACAGGCUUAACUCCAAUGAAUAUUUUACCUUGGAUGUAAAAAGAAAUGAUGAGGAAAUUAAAUCCCUUGGACUUGUGCUGAAAAAACUUUUAAAUCGAGAGGACACUCCUGAGCAUCACUUACUUAUAACUGCAGUUGACGGUGGGAAACCAGAACUCAGUGGUACUACUCAACUGAAGAUCACCGUUCUAGAUGUAAACGACAAUGCUCCGGAGUUUGAGAGCACGAUCUACAAAGUCAAAUUAUUUGAAAAUGCACCAAAUGGUACCCUAGUAGUGACUGUUAACGCCUCUGAUUCGGAUGAAGGAAUAAAUAAGGACAUUGUGUAUUCUUUCAAUACAGACACAUCAGCAGAUACUCUGUCGAAAUUCCAUUUAGAUCCCGUUAAUGGAUACAUCAUUGUAAAGGGUGACAUAGAUUUUGAGUUAACUAAGUUAUAUGAAAUACAGGUAGAGGCAACAGAUAAAGGAACUCCCCCAAUGGCAGAUCACUGCACGGUUCUAGUGGAAAUUUUGGACACGAAUGAUAAUGUACCCGAGUUGGUUAUCAAAUCUCUCUCUUUGCCUAUAUUAGAAGAUGCUCCAGUCGGCACAGUCAUCGCCCUGAUCAGCGUGUCCGACCUCGAUUCUGGUGCCAAUGGGCAGGUGACCUGCACCUUGACUCAUCAUGUGCCCUUCAAGCUGCAGUCCACCUUCAAGAAUUACUAUUCAUUAGUGUUGGACAGCGUCUUGGAUCGCGAGAGCGUGGCGAACUAUGAGGUAGUGGUGACUGCGAGGGACGGGGGCUCACCUUCGCUGUCGGCCACGGCCAGCGUGUCCGUGGAGGUGGCCGACGUGAACGACAACGCGCCCGCGUUCGCGCAGGCAGAGUAUACCGUGUUCGUGAAAGAGAACAACCCGCCCGGCUGCCACAUCUUCACCGUGUCUGCGCGAGACGCGGACGCGCAGGAGAACGCGUUGGUGUCCUACUCGCUGGUGGAGCGGCGAGUGGGUGAGCGCGCGCUGUCGAGCUACGUGUCGGUGCACGCGGAGAGCGGCAAGGUGUACGCGCUGCAGCCGCUGGACCACGAGGAGCUGGACCUGCUGCAGUUCCAGGUGAGCGCGCGCGACGCGGGCGUGCCGCCCCUGGGCAGCAACGUGACGCUGCAGGUGUUUGUGCUGGAUGAGAACGACAACGCGCCUGCGCUGCUGCCGCCCGGGCGAGGUGGAGGACCCAGCGCGGUGAGCCAGGUGGUGGCGCGUUCGGUGGGCGCGGGCCACGUGGUGGCGAAGGUGCGCGCGGUGGACGCCGACUCGGGCUACAACGCGUGGCUGUCGUACGAGCUGCAGCUGGCGGCGGGUGGCGCGAGCAGCCCGUUCCGCGUGGGGCUGUACACCGGCGAGAUCAGCACGACGCGCGCCCUGGACGAGGCUGACACCCCGCGCCAGCGCCUGCUGGUGCUGGUGAAGGACCACGGCGAGCCGGUGCUGACGGCCACGGCCACCGUGCUGCUGUCGCUGGAGGACAGCGGCCAGGCGCCCAAGACCUCUUCACGGGCGUUGUCUGGUGCAGCUGGCGCAGAGACGGCGUUAGUGGAUGUGAACGUGUACCUGAUCAUCGCCAUCUGCGCGGUGUCCAGCCUGUUGGUGCUCACGCUGCUGCUGUACACGGCGCUGCGGUGUUCGGCGCCGCCCAGGGAGGGCGCGUGCGGGCCGGUGAAGCCCAGGCUGGUGUGCUCCAGCGCGGUGGGGAGCUGGUCUUACUCACAGGAGAGGCGGCAGAAGGUGUGUUCUGGGGAGGGGCCGCCCAAGACCGACCUCAUGGCCUUCAGUCCUAGUCUUCCACCUGGUCCCAUUAGUGGAGACAGAGAAGAGCAGCUGGAUGUAGAGGCUGAUCUUCCUGCCAAAGUGAGUAAUUUUAAAAAAUCCUUUCGAAGAUGUCUUUGUUCUUAA